GCUAAUGCAAAUACCCCACUAGAUAGAGUGCUGCGGUCCAGAACUGACGAAUGAUUUCUCAUAAAGUUGAUCUCCUUCUACAGUCCCUUUGGUCCCCUCCUUUUCUCGAAACAUAACCUAAGACACCUAAGACAAUCCCGUGUCUACAGUCCCAUAAUUCACCACCUUUUAUAUUUGUCCACUCUUUUACACUCUACACCUUCUCUUCUCGAUCAAUCCACCUUCAUCAAUCAAAAACCCCAGAACGAACAAACAAAUUCAAGACACCAAUCGACACAAAUUGAACCACAAUGAAGAAAUUCGGUAUCGGAAAGAAGCGCGGCGAUGGCGAUGACGACUCGAACCGUUCCGCCCUUUUUGGAAAGAGGGGCUCACCAGGCCCAGCAUCCGACAACCCCUAUGCUCAAUCUCAACCCGCGAACGACCCAUACAUGAAUGAUAACAAUAAAUUCGCCAAUAUGACACCCUACCAGAAAGUUCGCUCCCGUGCCGACGCACCAGGCGGCCUUCCAAGCGGCCCAUCCCCUCAGAGUGGCUACGGCGGUCCUCCCCCUGUCUCUCGCAGUGGAAGCAACUAUUCUUCUACAACAACCCUCCCUCCCUAUUCCAGCGCUCCGCCAUCGGGUGGUCCACCUGGCGGCUACGCCAACGAUCGAUACGGUACAUCCUCCGGCUACGGUGCUAGCAAAUACAGUAAUAACUCCAAUUCCGCUCGUGCUGGUGGCUACGGCGGUCUGGGCCGAACCGACAGUAAUGACACAGAUGCUAAUCGAGAUGCGCUCUUCUCCGGCGCCCGCGACCGUUACGACCAACGACAGACUACUGGACAAAAUGAUGCUUACGGAGCAUCUGGUGCGUCUGGACCUUCUGGCGCUGACUCAGGCGCUAGCAAGUACGGUGGCUACGGCGAGCAACGUGAACUUACCGAGGAAGAGCAAGAGGAACUCGAAGUGGACGACAUCAAGCGACAAAUCAAGCAAGAGAAAUUGGCCUCUGCACAAACGGCAGAGAACUCGGCGCGCAUCGGUCAACAGACAGUAGAACUCGCAUCACAGACUCUCGCCCGUCUCGGUGGCCAAGCCGAACGACUCAAUUACACCGAAACUCUUAUUGACAGGGGCGGUUUCUCGAGCCGAGAGGCCGAGGAACAAACUAAGAAGCUCAAGAGUCUGAACCGAAGCAUGUUCGCCGUGCACGUUAGCAACCCAUUCACAGCCAAGAAGAGGACAGCGCAGAUGGAACAGAAGGUUCUAGACGAGAACCGUGCUGACCGGGAAUUGCGCGAGUCCACGCGAAAGGAUGGAUACGUAGGCAACCAGCGUAUGGAAGCCGCUUUCCGACAAGUCGAUGCCAGUGGAAAAAACAGCGGCUGGCAGAAGCAGAGUGCUGCCGAGAAGUCCAAAUAUGCGUUCGAGGACGAUGAAGAGGAUGAAGAGGCAGAGGAUAGAAUUGAGAACAGUAUGGCGCAAACCGCCCAAUCUGUUAGCCAGCUGAACACAUUGGCACACCUCCUGGGUAACGAAAUCGAUACCCAGAACCAGGUCAUCGAUAGGAUCGGCAGCAAGAGCGACAAAUUGAGCGAUGCCACCGCCGUACAAACCCGCCGACUCAAAACUAUCAGAUAAGUCGUAAUAUUGGGUAUAUCGCGGUUGGAUAGGCAGAGUAGGAGGAGAGCAUUUACAAUGUUCCUAUAGCCUACAAUAGCAUGAUGGGAAUAGGCUUGAUCAUCUCGUUUUCUCGGUUUGCGGGCGAAUAUCAUGUGCUUCGUGGAUGAAGUAUAACGAACGAACUAUAGCAUGUCUUCAAGCUUCGAUUUCAAGGGGCUUGUUCCUAUAAACGCCCUCAGGAGUGGCGGCGCAUGGGUGCGCGAUAUCUCGAUCCUGAUAUAGAAUAAUAGCACUGCAUUUUCCUUUUCCUGAA